UUAGAUUAAUAUCAAUGAUAAAAGAUUCUACUAAAUACUCUGUCCCCCUAAUCUUAAUCAUAAUCAAAUCAAGGACCUCUCGUCUAAAAUUAGCCUAAAUAAUCACCUCUCUCUCAUGCCCUCCAUUCCCUUCCCUUCCUUCAAAAUACCAAAAUACAAACAAAACCCACCUCUCUCAACCAACUUAACCAAUCGCCAAACUCCCCCUGAAAGACCCCAAAGCGACCGCUUUUGAAUCUCUGCCUUCUGUCACCAAAGCCUUCCCUUUAAGCAAUCAAUCAACCAGCCAAAAAAAAAAAAAACACCCUCCAAGUCCCCAAAAAGGGCCUCCCCUUCUUAUUCAUUUUACUCUUUCCGGCCAGCACAAUCCAGCUCUCAAUGUGGCGGCCGUGGUCUUCUAAAUCAACGGUGCGGAUUCACAAUACGUCAUCUCCUUCCACCGCCUUCUCCUGCUCCUCCUUCAAAGAUAUCCAGCAUCUGUGCACAGAAGACCCUUCCGCAUCGAAUCCCUGUUCUUCAACUGCAAAACGACCGUCUAAUAUCUUCCAUCGAGUCCGGGUCGCCAACUCGCUUAUCCGCGCCUGGUCAUCUCUCCCGUCCGUGGUCUCGGAAUCCAAAUCCGGACCUCAAAAUGCUUCGCCAGUUAUUAAUAAAACGCCACAGCCAGAGCCUAGAAUCGCAAUUCCUGGCGCCGACAAACGUAUUGUCGUUUACUUCACGUCCCUACGCGUGGUGCGGACAACAUUCGAGGACUGCCGUUCCGUCCGAUCCAUACUCAGAGGGUUUCGUGUCUCAAUCGACGAGCGAGAUCUAUCGAUGGAUUCUCGGUUCCUGAACGAGCUGCAGGAGAUCUUAGGCGGCGAGGGCAAGCUGACUCUUCCUCGCGUCUUCAUCGGCGGCGAAUACAUGGGUGGGGCAGAGGAGAUCAGGCAACUCCACGAGGCUGGAGAGCUCAAGAAGUUCGUCGAAGGGCUUCCUGCGGCGGAACUCGGCAUCUGUGAGUUGUGCGGCGGUUACGGCUUUGUUCCGUGCGACGAGUGUAACGGUAGUCACAAGCUUUACGCCGAGAAAACCGGGUUCAAGUCCUGUACGGCCUGCAACGAGAACGGUCUGACCAGGUGCCCUUCUUGCUCCUGUCCGCCAAUCUGAGUCGUCGGAUUAAUUUCACAAUUAGAAAAUUCUAAAAAAAGGGGAAAAUACUAAAAUAGUUUCUUAUUUAAUUUUCGAUAAUCAGUUGUUAUCAUCUCUUUUUUUUUUUUUUUUUUUUGGGUGCGAGAGACAGAGUAGUAGUGUGGGCCUAGUCUAAGUCUAGGGCGCUGCAGGAUAAGGCUAUUAAGCAUCGGAAAGCCCAAUAAAUCUGGCCCUUUGGUAUGUAUCAACCAACUCUUGUAGUCUUGUUUUUGGAUAAAUCUGUGUAUCUUGACAUAUGGUGACGUCUGAAAGAGAAGCACCAUAGUGUGCUUGACUUUUAUUUAUU